UCCUCAGUUACUUCCCGAGCAGACAACAGAUAGGAAGGACGACGGCCUCUACCUCCUCUCGACAAUCGACCACCUGAUCUAGCCCUGCCCCUACGAGAAUCAGAGAAGGGAUCUUGGUUUAUCCCUCUCAGCUCAUCAAUCUCUUUCCUAGGCCUGUUCCAGGUGUGUGCCCGGAAGCUCUUGUUCCGAUGCUUUGUUGUCGGCCUUACGAGGGAAAAUUUUUUGGUCUCGCGUAUAAAAGAUAACGGCUGCAUUUAGGUUAUAUCUUUAUAUAAGAAACCUUGCUGCUAUGCUAAAAAAGCAACAAUUGAAGUUCUAAAAUUACAUGUUCUUCGAUUAUAAAAAAUGCAUUUAAUAUAAAAAGAGAAGCAAGUGUAUAGAACUUCUUCGAGGCGGUUCCUUCGGCCGGCCGCCUUUGACAGGAAGGCUCUUUCCAUUCCUUGAAGUAGCGAGGCUCGUUGAAGCAGACCUAGGCAGAAGGAAAGGAGGUCGUUCGUUCGAGAAUAGGAGUCGUUUCCUGUUAACAACGGAAAGCGGAUCAGUUGAGUGGCAAGCCAGCUGAUAGGGCCACGAAGCACCCAACGAAUGGAGGACUGGAACGGCUUUAAUCAUAUGCUUAACACAGCCAGUUCGAAAACGAGCUAGUCGCCUUACUUCGAGAACGAACUAUUUACUUAACCCGGACGGUUCUUUGCUCAACACUGACUGCUCGUUGCUUUACACGAACAGUUCCCCAAUCCUCAUUCGCCCCCCUACGUGCUCUCUUUCGAGGACCUGAACCUGAACCCGCCCCUCAUUUAGCAUGAAGCUUGCUGGCGGCAUCGAUGACGGUGUCGGCGGAGUUCUCAGGUACCAACUCAACUCCACAAAGUGCUUUUACACCUGGCCUCUCUUUUGCACUGGAAGGGACCUAUCGUGACCCUAAAACUGAAGACCCCAUAAACUCGCGAUUGAAAAAAAAACGAAAUCGGGAUGAGCUAAGCUCAAAAACCAAAAGAGAAAGAUGCGAUGCGAGAGUUCACGAAUGACCGAUCGAUACAGUACGAGAGCUUCCACGGAAUUUAUAUCAAAAGAAAUCUCUUUAGGAAAGCAAGUCCCGUCGAGUUAGCCGUUGGAGGAAAGGCAUGACUUAAGAGGAGAGCGAGUGACUUUCAGGCGAGAUGGUUCAAUAGUCGAUUAGAUAAAGGCCGUUCCUACUUCCAACGAGGAGAAGAAAGUCGUCAAUAAAUAGCGUAAAUGUAAAUAAGGAAGUGGCUUUUAUUGUUCAUGACUCCGCUCCUAUUGAAUAGAAUUAGGAAGAAGGGCCGCUAGUCAUUCUUUUCAGAAUCCGAAGUCGAAUCUUUUCUUUUCCUUGCUUAUUCGUCAAGAUUUUCUUUGUGUUCCGUGUACCGCACCGAAGCUUGUGGAGCCUAUGCGAAGCAAGCGGGUAGAAGAUCUCAUAUUAAAGAAUUCGCUUUGAGUUCGUUCUUUUUCAUCAUGUCUUGGUUCACAGUUUAUCUGAAUCAGACUAAGAGAUUGGCAUCAACAAAGCAAGGCCCCAUUGAGCUUAGCCUAGAGCAGAUCGAAAAGGUCUCGCGAAGGCGGGAACCCCUUGCCGAAGAUCCUUCUCUUUCUCUGUGAAGAUAGACUGCUCUUUCUUGCUUUGCGUGUCAAGUGCGAGAUUGGUUGAGAACCCUUCGCCCACAGUGCUUUCAAAAGCAGGUCUCCGUUUGGUGUUCCGUGUACUAGGGUUAAGGUGGAAGAUCGAAAUGGAAGUCAUAUAUAGCCUAUUAAUUAUAAAUCGAUUUUCAAUUCAGGUUUACAACAAAACAACAAUAUCAUAAGAGAAGAAAGAUCUCCGCGUAGAAAGAUUAGCUCUUCCUUCCUUUCUUCAUCCUAGCACUAUGAGAUGAGAUUGAUCCCUUCUGACUCCCAUGCUUUCCGUUGGUCAACAACCAACCCAAAUUCUUUCUACUUCUUCACGAGUCCUACAGGAAGGAAUCUCUUUCUUUCCGGGAAUCCUUUUUCUCUCAAUCCAUCAAUAUGUUUCAAAAAUUUCCACCUUUUGUCAAAAUUUGGAAAAGUGUCAUUUUCUGGUUACCAAUUCCAAUUGCUCUUUGUGGGGUAUUCCUCACUUGUGAUGUAUUCCUCAGAAGGAGCUAUUGUGAUGCAGCGGAACCAUGGCAAUUAGGAUCUCAAGACGCAGCAACACCUAUGAUGCAAGGAAUUAUACACUUGCCGGGCGAUAUAACAUGUAUCUCUUUUUCUCUGGUUCUACGUUUCUUCCUGCCUUUCUUUCUUACUUUAUGUCAGUGGAGGUUCUACUAUUUUCCGCAAACAGGGUUUGGCAAGAGCACAACUACUCUCGAGAUUAUCGGGACCAUAUUUACUCGUAUCUUUCUGGUGCUGAUGCUAAUACGCAAUUCCCAUGAAGUAACUCACUGCGCCGGCUCCUGGGAAGCUUCUUCGGCUAAUCACAAUGUUCCCCCUGGCGGUGAGGGUACUUCUGGGGCCAACUCCGGCUGGACAUCCAUCCUAGGGAGCAGCUCUGGGGCCAACUCCGGCUGGACAUCUAUCCUAGGGAGCAGCGCUGGGGAAAACUCCGAACCCAGCGUGAAUCAGCCAACGCCAACUUGCUCUUCAAAUCAAAACAUGGCUAGCCCGUCGUCUGCUCCAAUUGAACAACCGGCCCCACAGCAUACACCUUUCCCCUUCCUUCAAGAAGAGGGGGAGCGGGGGGAUCUUCUCAGGUCUCUUCAUAGGCUCGUAGCGUCUCAAUUGAAGCAUUCUUUUGAGAGAGACCUUCCAAGGUGGAGACUUUCCUCAACCACUGAGUUGUAUGAUGCGUCCGCCUAUCGCAUAAUGAUCUAUGAUAUGGGUAUCUCUAUCCCCGAAGAUACAAAGGAGGAUAUUAAGGAAUGGAUUCACGAAGUACGUUCAAAUCCUGAACUCCUGAAAUCCUCUUAUAACGACUUCAAAAAAGGAAGCUAUUUAGUUUAGGACUAUCAUAUGGGACUGUAUCAAGGAUGAGAACGAGAACUAAUUGUCAUUCUAUGUUCUAUGUUUCGUUUCUUCCUUUUUCUUUCUAUUUUUCGAGAAAAGGUCCCAUCCUUCAAUAUCAUGAUUGGGUCGACCAGGCCAGAUCAUGAGUGAAUA